AUGGCACUUAAGUAUGCAAUGCGGAAAGCAAUAACAAACAAAGCUGAUGUUUAUAGUUAUGGAGUACUUCUGCUUAAAAUAUGUAGUGGAAAGAGUAAUUCAAAGACCAAAGAAAACCAAGGGAACGAUUAUAUUUUAAAUAAGGCUUGUGUUUUACAUUCAGAGCAAAUGCUUUUGAACUUGGUGGAUACAAAUAUGUCUGGAGAUUGCGAUAAAAAGCAAGCUCUUAAAAUGUUGGAUUUGGCUGUAAAGUGUAUUAAUCUGUCACCUACUUUGAGACCUACAACGUUCGAAAUUUUGAGUGAGCUUGAGCAAAUUUCUAAUUUCAGCACUCCCUCUCCCUCAGCUUGGUUUUUGAGCAGUUUAGUUUUAUCAAAAUGGUUUAUGAAAUAG